AUGGCUUCCAGAAGGAGUCGCACGCCUGAGGGUGACGACAGCUUCACCGAGCGCCGCCGCGACUCCCGCCUGCCAGUGCCCUCCGCCGCCCCGUCCCCGGAUCACCACCCAAGAGCCCAGCCUGCCGCCGCCCUCAGCACGCCCCCGCCCCCGCUGCCACAUCAUUCGCUCUCUCCUGCACCGCCGGCACGCGCUUCCGAUGUUGCCCUAGGACAGGCAUCCUCCAGCUACAACCGACCCACUGCGACAAGACACCAGCCCUCGCGCUACCGCCCCUCCAACAAAAAGCCGUUCCACCCGCAUCCGUCGCCCGCGCCUUCUCGCCGUCCCUCGAUUACCACCGGCUCCGCGUCCGCCGCCCUUGCUUCCGCCUACUCGCCGCCUCCCUUCGACUACAGAUACAUGGCGACCCCGGGCACCAAUGGCCUCUUCAAGGAGUACGAAGUGACCAGCGAGGACGAGCUCCCGCUCCACCGCACCCGCGGCGACAGUCGCAACUGGCAGCAGCAGCGCCCGCUCAUAGACAACGUCACGAACCAGUGGCGCAAGGACGCCAGCGACGACGACGACGACGACGACGACGACUUCUACUACCGCGACAAACAAAACUGGUACACUCCCGCGCUAGUGACCCUGAUCGCCGCCCAGCGCAUCCCACGACGCAUCCAGCGCGCCAUUUUCACCGUUGUCGCUUCGAUAAUCUUCAUGGCCGUCUCGUGGAAGUGGUUGUUGGGACCCUACUGGGCCGAGCAAAACAGCCUCAGCAACGCCCUGGUUGGCCCCCAGAAAUACGGCUAUUUUGGCGCCAAUGCCCGCCCCGCCUUCACCGACAUGGUCCAAGUCAAGACCCUCGACCCCAGCCUGCUUCCCACGUCCUCCGCCGACAGCCAACGUCUCGUCGUCGUGGGAGACGUGCAUGGCUGCAAGUCUGAGCUGGUCGAGCUACUGAACAAGAUCAACUUCCGCCCCGCCGCCGAUCACCUCGUCCUCACCGGCGACAUCAUCGCCAAGGGCCCCGACUCCAAGGGCGUCGUCGACUUCGCCCGCGACGUGCGCGCGUCGUGCGUGCGCGGCAACCACGAGGACCGCAUGCUGCUCUCGCGCAAGGCGAUGCGGGUGGCCGAGCAGGACAUGACGGCCAACUCGCACCUCGGCGAGGACGAGGCCCGCAACGGCGGGAACAGGAAGGACAAGGCGCUCGCCAAGCAGUUCGACGCCAAGCAGAUCGAGUGGCUCGAGCAGUGCCCCGUCAUCCUCAAGGUCGGCCAGAUCAAGGGCAUGGGCGAGGUGCUCGUCGCCCACGCCGGCCUCGUCCCCGGCGUCGACCUCGACAGGCAGGACCCGUUUCAGGUGAUGAACAUGCGCUCCAUGGAUCUGGACACCAAGGUGCCGAGUGCCGAGCGCGACGGGACUCCCUGGUGGAAGUACUGGAACUACUACAUGCGCUUCCUGCCCGAGGCCGAGCGCAGCACCGUCAUCUACGGCCACGACGCCAAGACGGGCCUCAAGAUAAAAGAGUUCACCAAGGGCCUCGACUCCAGCUGCGUCCGGGGCGGCAAGCUCACCGCCCUCGUCAUCGAGGCCGACCGCAAGGGCGGCCCCGCGAAGCAGAGCCUCGUCCACGUCAAGUGCGGGGACUACACGGACAAAUCAGACGCCGGCGAUGAGAAGAAGAAGAAGAGAUGA